GACUAACCGGAAGCGCCUGGAUCCGGGCAGGAUGCCGCAUCGGCCCGGUGUCUCUUAACCCCAAUCUGAUCUGCUACGCCGCCGGACGCCUCUCCCCUCCGUGUCCACAUGCCCUGUGCUUCGGCGCGGUCUCGUUAGGCACCGCUUCGCGGCUUUUGACAGAAACUGGUAACGGGUGACGGUAUAAUUUUUGCACACCGCUGACUCGGCUGGUGUGUUAUCCUCCCGUCUGGCAUCGGCGCUGCCUAUUUCCAUUCAGAUCGCAGGCCGCCGUUCUCGAUCAGGAUGUCCGCGUAAUUAGCGAAAUGCAUCGGGCACGUCGGCUGCAGUGAUCGCGCCUGACAGCGGUACCAGGGUGGGUAGCAGCUGAUUGGGACAGAUUCACCCUCAUACGGGCUCGGGCGCCUUUAGCCAGGGUGUUUCUGCUGACUGAGGAACCAUGGCUUCCGACUUGCAAGCGAAAUACAGCAAGCUGGCCCAGGAGUAUUCAAAGCUCCGGGCGCAGAACCAGGUCCUGAAGAAGGCGGUUGUGGAUGAGCAAGCAUCCUCAGCCACUCUUAAGGAGCAGCUGAAGCAGAAGGACCAGAGUCUGCGCAAGUUGGAGCAGGAGAUGGACAGCCUGAGCUUCCGAAACCAGCAGCUGGCCAAGCGUGUGGAGCUUCUGCAGGGAGAACUGGCUGCCAGCGAGGCCAAGGGCAAGAAGAGCCGGAGCAAAGGCGACUCGCCCUCUCAGCAGGGCCUGCAGGCCCAGAGUGUGAUUAACGAGGAUCUGAAGAACAAGAUCCAGGAGAACGAGAGGCUGCACAUCCAGUUCUUCGAGGCGGACGAGCAGCACCGUCGACAGGAGGCAGAGUUUCGGGUCCGGCUGGAGGGGCUGGAGCAGGAAUCGGAGCAGCACCAGAGCGUGGUGGACGGGCUCAACCAGAAGUACACAGAGACCAUCGAGAAGCUGCAGAGGGACAAAACCCGGCUGGAGGUGAAGGCGCAGACACUGGAGAGAGAGGCGAAGGAGUGCCGCCUGCGAACGGACGAGUGCCAACAGCAGCUGAAGAAGUACCAGACGGAGCUCAGCAGGCAGCUGGAGCAGAGCAGCAGUGUGAUCCAGGAGAAGGUCCCUUUCAAUGACACCAGUGAGCAUGGCCCCGCCCCUAACCUAACCAGGUCAUGCCUCCUCUUUCAGCUGAAGGCGCGUGAUGUGGCUGCGCAGGCUCUCGCCUUCAUCCAGGACCUGGUGGCGGCGCUGCUGAACUUCCACAGCUACACGGAGCAGAGGGUGCACAUCUACCCGCUGGACUCCUCCAUCGAACCCGUGUCCCCACUCAACCAGAGGUUUGCGCAGUACCUGCACGAGAAUGCAGCAUAUGUGCGCCCCCUAGAGGAGGGCCUGCAGCAGCUGCACCAGAGCAUCACUGAGGACACGGUCACCACGCUGGAGACGGCGGUGAAUCUUCAGGAUUUCUCCCGCCACUUUGCCUCCUACACCUGCUUCCUCCAGAAGAUACUGCCAUACCAGCUGAAAAGUCUGGAAGAAGAAUGCGAGGUGUCUCUCUGCAUGCCCUCCCUCAAGGCCAAGAAUGAGGAGCUGAAGGGGGAUAUGAAGAGGGUGACGGCCAUGUUUGAGAAGCUGCAGACCUACAUCAGCCUGCUGGGCUUACCCAGUGCCCGCCCGGUCGCCCUGCCACAGAGCAGCUCCACUGCAGUCUUCACUCAGCUGGCAGCUUGUCUGCACGGCCUGCAGGAUGCUGUGAAAGAGACGUCAAAACACUACACCCAGAAGGCCACACUGGAGCUGGAGUUGCCCACGGCGACGGAGAAGCUUCGCACCACCAAUGAGUGCCUGAUUUCUUCCCUUUGCUGCCUGUCCAACUGCACUGGAAAGAUAGCCACCUUCUUCAGCAACAACCUAGAUUUCUUCGUGUCGUCGACUGGUUACGGGCCUAGGGGCGGGACAGACACCCUCAACCCCCUGCACGCUGAGAGCAUGCUGAGGAGCAAGAAGCAGGCGGCGGCCUUCAUGCGGGUCCUCAAGAAGCGCCGCCCCGAGUCUGUGCCAUACCAGGAGGCCCUGUCCAAUCGCCGCAUCCUGACCAGCUCCACCGAGAGCCGGGAGGGCCUCAGCCAGCAGGUCCAGCAGAGCCAAGAGAAGAUCGCCCGUCUGGAGCAAGAGAAGGAGCACUGGCUUUUGGAGGCCCAGUUGGGGCGGGUACGGCUGGAGAAGGAGAACCAGCGCAUCUCCCAGCUGGAGGCCCAGCUCUCUGCCGCCCUGGGCACUGCGCCCGCCCCUCAAACCCUCCCCGGCGAGGGAGGCGGUACCCCGGCCAGCCAGGAGGAGGCAGAGCUGGAGGAGAGGGGCGCUGGGAAGGAGUUCUCACAGUCCGCAAGCCUGAUUGGCAUGCUGACCAUGACCCCCAGCAGCGAAGAUGUGGGAGAUGAGCAGUCCAGGGAGCAGCUGAUAAAAAGUCACUACAUGGGCCGGAUUGGGGAGCUGACCGCGCAGCUGCAGGUGUCCGACAGCAAGGCGGUGCACUUCAACGCGGAGUGCCGUGCCCUGGCCAAGCGGCUUACCCUGGCAGAGAAAUCCCGGGAGAGCCUGACGGAGGACCUCAAGCAGGCCGGUCAGAACACCUCCCGUCUGCAGGAUGAACUGACCACCACAAAGCGGAGCUAUGAGGACCAGCUGAGCAUGAUGAGUGACCACCUGUGCAGUAUGAACGAGACACUGAGCAGGCAACGGGAGGAGAUAGACACGCUCAGGCUGGGAGGCAAGGGAAACUCCAAAAAGAACAAGGGACGAUAAGGCAUCUUUGUACACCCCCACUGGGCGGGAAGGGAUGCACACUGAACUUCGGGACCAUCCAGCGCCUUUCUGAAACUGCUCCCUGAAUGCUGUGGGGCAGAUGACCUUUGACUGUCACUGUCGCACAGCAGCGGUGCCCAUGGAGGGAGUCGCUGGGCUGUCUGCCUGAAGAAACUGGUUUUCUAUCUCUGUGUUCAGCUAUAAACUGUUUGCAAAGUGCUUCCUGUAGGAGUUAUAGGGUUUUCCCACCAGUGGAAUGGGAAAUGGGAGUAUGGGCCAGAGACAUUGCGGGCUGGAGUACUGACUUGAUCUGGAUCUUUAACGCCUGGCAGGAAGCUUUUGUGUGUGUGUGUGUGUGUGUGUGUGUGUGUUUGAGUGAAUGUGAGAGACAGUAUGACAGACAGAGGCACUACUAACACUGUAACACGCAGAGGAGCCUGGAAAACAUUUCCUGUGUCUGCAUACAUAUGAACUUCACUUUGAACUUUAAGCCCUCUGAUAAAAAAAGGGAUCCUGUCCCAGCAGCAGGGCCUGGACCCCCUCCCCCCGCAGGGGCUGCUGCAGGAUGUCACCACACCUCCUGCCUCGGUGCACUACCUUCCAUGACAGGACAUCCCGUUUGAACCCCACCAGUCUGCUAUGGUCAGGCUGGGAAUGCAGGUGCUGAAGAGAGCCAGAGAAGAAUCGGAAUUGGUGGGGGGAGCAUUUUUAUCAAAACGCAUUAACAAAAUGAGCCUUUGUUUGUGUUUCAUGGUAGUUUUAUCAGACAGAAACAAAAUGAAACAAUGAAGUAGGAGUGAAGAUGGAUUUUUAAGAACUUACUAUUCAUAUGCAGUCGGAUUCCUCCCAGUGAGCAGCCUACCUUGUAGAUGACCUCUGUGUUUACAAACUGUGAUAUCUAAUUUGAUAUUGCAAAACCUGUUCUCUGUAAUUAAGUCUGUGACAGUGCUGUUCUGUGUUUUAGGGAUGUUCAUGGUCGGUGAUGUAGUCUGAAACUAACCACUAAUGUAACAGUUCUGUAAUGCCUGGGGGGGGGGGGCUUUCAGACCCCCACCAGAAGAGCAGCGCUGUUAAGCUCCUUGACAGGUUUGUGUACUCGGUCUUCGUUUAGUGUUCAGUAUUACUGCCCUUAUGACUUGUGCUUUUGCUGAGACAUGCAUUUAUUAAACAGUUUUAAAAAUAUAUAUAUAUAAUCACAGUUCAAAACUUGUUACUUACUGGCUUUCCUGGUACGUUAUGCUUAUUAAAUUACUUGACUUCCAAAGGAAUGUGUUUAGAUAAUAUACCACUUGUUGGGGAUAUUUGUAUCUGUUCUGUCUUUUCCCCCUUCAUGGCAUAAAUGAUUGGGUCUGUCUUUGAAAAGGUCUUGGUUUGUGUCGGCAAUCUUUAAACACAAUCAGUACGGAAGUUUGUGGAGUGAAAAGGUGAAGGGCUGGACAUUGUGUUUCUGAGAAAAGGGUUUUUUGAUGUUGAAGUUUUAGUUUAUUGAUCUUUCAUGAAAAUAUUUAUCAUUCAAACAUUCAGAUGUUUCCAUUUUCGAGUUUUAAGCUCAGUUAGAGGGUGUAUGUAGGGUAGGGCUGAGUUAAAAGUCUGUUUUCUUUUUUUGUAAUUGUGUAUCUGUGAUUGGUCCAUGUGAAAAUACUGUUUUAAGCCAAUGGGAUGCCUCUCCAAUUUGUUCACCUUCCAGUGUCGAUGGGCCAAUAAAGUCUGUGCAUCAGAA